AGUGAUUCAGUGUAAGUGACGACACUUCCCCUUCUUCCCUUGGCUUCACCCUGAAGUUUUUUUCCCCCAUAUCUGUGUUGAGACACCAAGCCGGGAACUUUUUUUUUCUUUUCAGUUCUAAAAUAAAACUCCAACAUGUCGCCGCCGUCUCGACGGCUUCAAACGAAGCCGGUGAUUACCUGCCUGAAGACUUUCCUCAUCUCCUACAGCCUCAUUUUCUGGUUCACAGGCGUGAUCCUGUUGGCCGUCGGGGUGUGGGGGAAGGUCAGCCUGGAGGCCUAUCUCUCUCUGGCUUCUAAGGAGAGCACCAAUGCACCAUAUGUCCUCAUUGGGACUGGAGCCAUCAUCGUUAUUUUUGGGCUGUUUGGCUGCUUUGCUACAUGCCGCGGCAGCCCAUGGAUGCUCAAACUGUAUGCCAUGUUUCUGACCCUGGUGUUCUUGGCUGAGCUUGUGGCUGGAGUCUCAGGCUUCAUCUUCAGGCAUGAGAUCAAGGCUAAAAUGGGCACCGCGUUUCAGAAUGCACUGACGUACUACAAUAGCACCGAUAGCAUAAGCGCUGCAGUCGACACCAUCCAGAGAACUUUGCAUUGCUGCGGAGUGAAAAAUUACACUGACUGGAACACCACAGCUUACUUUCGCGACAAGGGAAUCCCCGCCAGCUGCUGUAAAGACAAAUGCUCCGAGGAGAGCCUGAAAGACCCCGACAAAGUUGGGGAAAUAGUGUACACGACGGGCUGCUUUGCACUGGUGACCAGUGUGAUGGAAGCCAACCUGGGAAUCAUUGCUGGGAUCUCCUUUGGGAUUGCAUUCUUUCAGCUCAUUGGGAUUUUCCUGGCCUGCUGCUUGUCUCGUUACAUCACCAGCAACCAGUAUGAGAUGGUCUAACAGUCACAGGUUUCUGAUGAAGCUGCUGUUGCAAACUGAUUUUGGAUUUUAAUAUUAUGUGUUAGUUGAUAUCAUUUUAGAGAGGAAAAACUAACGACUUAAUCUUUAUUCAUUCUCAUUAAUGACAAACAAGCUAAAGGGAAGAUGUUGGAGGGAAGAUAAAAAGGAAAUAACCUGUGAUGCUGUCUGACCAAAAAGAAAAGGGACCCCGGGCAUUUCAGAGUUCUGUUACUCCUCUGAUUUAUUUAUGUAUAGCAAUCUCUAUAUAGCUGUCACUUAUUUUUGAGUUUAUUUGUCAACAUUUUUUUUGUCUUGUUCUCUUAUUUUCUUACAGUAGUAAAAUAUGCUGGUAAAAGUUCAACUUCAACACCACGAAUAUAUGUGUAAAACUCCCAGAAGCCUGAAGGCUGUACCAUGAAAUCAAGUCUGAGCGAUAACAAGCCUUACCGGUUAUCUAGUCCAGAUCUGUCCAAAGCCUGCAUUCAUAUGUGCCAAUUUCUGUCAACUUCGUACGACAGUUUUCAGUGUUAGUGUUUUUCUUCUGUGGAUUCAUGUGAAAUAUGUGAAAAAAUAAAGAUGAAAUUGUGUAUCUUUAA